AUGGAAGAGGUGAAAGUGAUUGGAGCAUCACUGAGCCUAUUCUGUGUCUUAAAUGAAUUGGCUUUAAAGCUCAAGGGUGUAGCGUAUGAGUAUAUAGAAGAAGACUUGAGAAAGAAGAGUAACCUGCUUCUCCAAUGUAAUCCUGUUCACAAAAACGUACCGGUGCUUCUGCUUAAUGGAAAAUCAAUCUCUGAGUCUUUAAUCAUCCUUGAGUACACAGAAGAGACAUGGAAAUACAUUCGUUUAUUGCCUGCAGAUCCCAUUGACAGAGCCAUGGUGCGUUUCUGGGCAAAAUUUGUUGAUGACGAGUGUUUGAUGGGUGCAUUUGGAGCUUGCUGGAAAAAAGGAGAAGAAAAGGACAAAGCAGUGGAGUCUGCAAUAGAAUCAUUUGCUUUUCUUGAGAAGCAGAUUGAAGGAAAGAAAUAUUUCGGUGGAGAAGAAAUAGGAUAUCUGGAUGUAGCAUUGGGUUGGAUCCCUCACUGGCUGACGGUAAUGGAACAAGUUGGAGAAAUGAAGUUGGUUGAUGGUGAGAAAUUGCCAUUGCUGAAUGAAUGGUGCCACAACUUCAUCCAAAUUCCACUCAUCAAAGAAAGCCUUCCCCCAAGAGAAAAGCUUGUCACCUAUUUCAAUGCUAGUGUAGGCUACAUGCGCUCUUUGGCACCCAACAACCAAUAAUAAGCUGAUCUUUACUCUUUAGUUUAUGGUUUAUUGCUUGGGACCUCUUGGAAAGAA